ACCACCACAAAAUAGCAAUGGAUUUUCCCGCAAAAUCAUCAUCCACCAUCCCUUUGACGUGAAUUACUCGUUUAACGUCAUAGAUAUCUGUUUUUGGUUAACCAGGUUGCUUUUAUUAAAAUAAAUUAAGAAUAUUUCAAUGAUUGAUUGACCCGGGUCAACAUAAAAUGUUGGAAUUUAAGAAUUUUUUUGAUUUAUGUGUACCAGUAGCUUUAGUUUCUCCACAACAUUGUAAAAAAACAAUUGAAACACUCUAUGAUUAUGGAUAUAGAACAAUAGCAAUAAAUCAAGUAUGCCAAGUACAAGAAAAUGAUAAAGAAGAAGGUGUAAAUCAAAAUAAAAAAAAGAAGAAAGGGGAAACUGUAGAACCCGUUCCACUUCCCUAUGAUUUAAGUACUAUUGAAGAAAUAAAAAAGGAACUGAAUAUCAUCGAUUUUAAAGUUUUUAAUCGACUAACAAUUUCUUUUUCAAGACAGGAAAAUUUACAUAUAAUUAGCAAAUCUGAGAACUAUAAAAAGUAUGAUAUCAUAGCAGUAAACCCUUUAAACACUAAUGCAUUCAUGUAUUGUUGUAAAACGUUUGAAGCUGACAUUCUUACAUUCAAUCCUGAGAGCAAGUAUAAUUACAAACUAAACAGAAAAAUGUACAAUCUUUUAGUCCAAAAAGGAUAUUACUUUGAAUUAUUGUAUGGCCCUGCCAUAGAAGAUCAAACGAAGAGAAAAAACUUAAUACAUGCCUCACAUUUAUACCACACUUUUGGAAAGUCAAAGAAUAUAAUUUUUUCUAGUGGUGCAUCUAAUGUGUUGCACUUUAGGAAUCCAUAUGAUGUCAUCAGCUUUGGCUUCAUUUUUGGACUUAAUGAAAUACAAUGUAAAAACGCUGUUUCAUAUUCCUGUAGAUUAUUAAUUCUUUCUGCAAUUGGAAGAAGGCAUGGGAAAGCAGUAAUGUUUGCUGAAAACAUUGAGCUCAAAGAUGAUGAUGAAAUUAUGAUAGAGGAGAACGAAGAUGAUCAAGAACAACCUGUUCUGAAGAAACAUAAACAACUGUAAUUGUACAAGUUAACACAAAUUUAUACUAUUUUAUUUUAUAAAUACAAUUGUGUUUUUUUGUUAGA